AUGAUUACCUUCCGCCCAUUCAACAGCUCCUCCACUACCGACUUCGAAACCAUAAUGGAUUUGGGCGCCGAUGAACGCGUGAACCGCACCCUCCAUUUUGAUCCCUUCUCCAGCCGAGAUGAUGUCGUCCGCUUCAUCGAAACCAUCAUCCUUCCCCUCCCCUGGUUCCGCUUCAUCUGCCUAUCCGAAGCCGCCGAUGAUCGCCCAAUCGGAUUCAUCGUCCUCCGCCCGGAAGAUGCCGGCGGAGGACGACAGAGGGUUUCGACUGGAUACAUAGUUGUGCCGGAGUUUUGGGGAAGGGGGAUCGCCACGGCGGCGGUGAGGAUGGCGUUAGAGGAGGCGUUCGAGAUUUGGUCGGAGUUGGAGAGGGUGCAGGCGAUGGUGUUUCUGGACAAUCCUGCGUCGCAGAGGGUGUUGGAGAAAGCGGGGUUUCGGAAAGAGGGGGUGUUGAGGAAGUAUUUGGUUUCGAAGGGUGAGGCGAGAGAUGUGGCCAUGUAUAGUUUUGUACCGGCGGAUUGCAGGACUUCAUGA